GGGCUGUAUGCUACCGACUAUUAAUUUCUGCAUACGUUUCAACCAUACGACGGAGGUAGUGUCGUAGAUUAAUAUCAUGGAAACUGGUUCAGGAGGGUUAAGUGUGUCAUCCACUAAAAUUGUUUUCGGUGAUCAGCCUGAUUACCGCUGGUUGAGUCUGUAAUGUUUUGACACUACUGUGAGUUCAAUAUGUGAUUCUUGUUGCCAUUUAGGAUGGAUAUAUUCAGUUCAAUAUUCCUCAGGAGUGUUUGUCUUCUCGGUGCGUUGUGGCCACUCGAUACAAAUGGUCAAGACACAUGCCACUGCUUGAACCCGACCCAGUGCGGUACCUUCCGGGAACAGGGAUGCUCCCCUUGUCAGACUCCUUGGUGGGGACCCUACUGUCAAGCGCAAAAUGUAGCUUACUCCCAAACCACCCAACAGAAAGGAGUGUACGUUGAGUAUGAUGCUUUGGGAAACUUAGUCAGUUCCGCCGGCGGUUACCUUGCCGUAGAUGGAAGGGCGACACCGAGUGAAAGAAGAACUUGUUCUCGGACAUUACGAUACACUUCCGGAACAUAUUUCACAGUAUUACUACCUUCAACACCCCGGAUAGCUGGCAUUAGAGCAUAUUUUCCUACCACAGGAGACUCACUGGAAGGUCUUCAAAUCCUUGUCGAUGACGAUGUGUGUUACACCUCCACCACAGCCACGUUGCCAGUUGACAUACCGUGUUCUUCAACACUGGUAGGGAGGAACAUCACCCUGUACCUGCCUCGUGAUAGAUAUAUAUCAGUUUGUGAGAUAGAGAUCAACGUGUGCGGAGAUGGUUGGUAUGGUAUCCAGUGCGAGAAGCGAUGCACAUGCAAGGCGAGUGACCCUGUAUGUAACCCGAUCAAUGGUGCUUGUCCUUCUGGAUGUCCAGAUGGCUAUGGUGACGUGGAUUGUAAAGUAUGUGCCGACGGCCGUUACGGCAUCAACUGCUCCGCUGUAUGUGGCAACUGUUUGAACGGGGUUGUGUGCGAUAAGACGACAGGAGAGUGUCCAAAUGGCUGCGCUGGGGGAUUCUUCACGCCGAAGUGCAAUACACAAUGUAGUGAUGGGAGAUUUGGAUCUCAAUGCGCUUCAGUGUGUGGGUCGUGUCGGAACAAGCAGCCUUGUGACAAGCAGACAGGAGCAUGUCCAAAUGGGUGUGCACCGGGCUUUUCCGGAACGAUGUGUUCAACACCUUGCAAUGCCGGGACGUAUGGUACCAGUUGCCAGUUUGCUUGUGGACGGUGUCGCAACGGGGACAUAUGUGACACGGUGUCUGGGAUGUGUUUCCAGGGUUGUGAAGCUGGUUGGACGGGCGUGACGUGCAAUACAGAAUGUGGACUGGGGACGUUUGGACAGGAUUGUGUCCAGAACUGUGGACACUGUAAAGUGAACACUGUGUGUAACACUGCCAGCGGCUUCUGUCCAGACGGAUGCAGUCCCGGGUAUGCAGGGGCCAUUUGUCAAACAGAAUGUCCAUCCUUCACCUUCGGGAUCAGCUGCAGCAACAGGUGCGGCCAAUGUAAAAGUUCAACACCUUGCGACAAAAUCACGGGCUUUUGUCCCAACGAAUGUGAACCGGGCUACAAACUGCCGUCAUGUCUAUCAGCCUGUGAUGAUGGGAAGUACGGGGCAAACUGCGACUCCUCCUGUGGAUCUUGUCGUGACGGCGCACCGUGUGAUAAAGGAACUGGUCGUUGUCCCAACGGAUGUGACCCUGGGAAAACUGGUGACCUAUGUGUGGAAGAUUGCGCCGAGGGCACAUACGGCUCUGGCUGUUCGUUCUCAUGUGGACGGUGUCGCGGUUCCACGUGCGACCGGGUCGAUGGUUCUUGUCCGUCCGGAUGCCAAAACGGAUACAACGGAACUCUUUGCGUGCAGACUUGUCCAAAAGGCACCUAUGGCUUUAGCUGUUUCAAGAGAUGCGGUCAGUGCCUUAACCUGGACUCGUGUGACUUUGCAACUGGAGCGUGUCCAGCAGGUUGUCGACCCGGUUGGCAAGGCGCAAACUGCAGUCAAGUGUGUACAGGUAGGACGUACGGCAGCAACUGCAACCUGCAGUGUGGCCACUGUAAGGAUGAUGACCUGUGCGACAAAGAAAAUGGUCGCUGUCCAGAAGGUUGCAAGCCCGGCUUCCAAUGGGAACAAUGCAAACAAAAAUGUGACCCGGGGAAAUAUGGAUAUGGUUGCAGCCUUGAAUGUGGAAUGUGCAAAGAUGGAGUUGCGUGCGAUAACGUGGACGGAUCUUGCCCAGAUGGAUGCGCAACAGGGUGGAAUGGUGUUAAGUGUGACACAGAGUGCCCCAAUGGAUACUUUGGUGACGCGUGCAGUCAAUCCUGUGGCCGAUGCAAGGACAAUGCCCCUUGCAACAAAGCCACUGGAUUGUGUUCUGUUUGUGACCCUGGCUGGACUUCAAACUAUUGUAAUAUCAAAUGCCCAAACGGAACAUUUGGUGACGCAUGUGUUUCUCCAUGUGGUGCCUGUAAGGAUGCUGCUGUCUGUCACCACGUGACGGGGGAUUGCCCAGACACAUGCGAAGCCGGUUGGCAAGGCACAAACUGCAUGAAGGCAUGUGGUGACGGUACCUAUGGUGAGAAGUGUCUACAAGCUUGUGGUCAGUGCAAGGAAGGGGCGACAUGUAACAAGGUGACGGGGGAUUGUGAGAAUGGAUGUGGACCUGGCUUUACAGGGAUCCAGUGCAGAGAAACAUGUGAUGCCGGGACGUUUGGUGACGAGUGUAAGUUGGUGUGUGGUCGUUGUGACAAAACCAUCUGUAAUUCGGUCACCGGCGCUUGUCUCCCUUGCCUGGCGGGAUGGAAAGGUGAUACGUGUGCAGAGGAAUGCGAUGAUGGCGAGCAUGGCCCUAAUUGUGCCGAUCAAUGUGGUGCGUGUCGGGAUGCCGACCCCUGCAAUAGGGCGUCCGGAGAAUGCCCUAGUGGUUGCAUGCCGGGGUUUACAGGACAAGCCUGUACUCAAAGGUGUUCUGAGGGCAGUUACGGAGACAGAUGUGCUUCUAGGUGUGGUCGUUGUCAGGACAACGCCGCGUGUGACCAUAUCACUGGGGUUUGUGAAGAGGGAUGCCAACCAUCUUGGAUCGGGGAAAGAUGUGAUAAAGAAUGCGACAUUGGUUACUAUGGAGACGAUUGUAACAACACGUGCGGUCUUUGUGCAGGAGCGGGAGGAUGUGACAAAGUGACAGGGGCGUGUCCGUCACGGUGUCAGAAGGGAUUCAAAGGUCUCCUCUGCAAACAACCCACAGUCCCAGAUCCACAGGAGGGAAAUAUGUCAACGACCCUAGCUGCCGUCUUCACUGUGCUGAUCGCGAUAGUGCUUAUACUCUGUGUCGUCGCUGUUUGCUGUUACAGGAAAAGGAGGAACAGAUCUAGCAGACACGCAAGCGAUACGAUCCUCGACCCGCUCGACGAUGGAGAUCCCUUCUCUCGAGCUUCAAAUGGCAAGGUUCCCAUGGCGUUUCAAAACCAGAUCUACAACACAGCCGGACGCGGGAGCGUGUUAUCAAUGGAGUCCGAGAACAGUAAACACCGCAGGGACCUCCUCUCCCAACUGGACACUGUGCCAGACACGGAGUCCUCGUCCCUCGGUUUCAACACCAUGUCAACUACCUCGGUCAUGUCAGCCUUGAACCCGUCUGCUGUUCAAGUACUCAAUACAGAUGAAGAUGGACUAGACAUGGAAUCUAUCAACUCAGAAUUCAACUGGCCCAGCGAUGACAAUACUACAACAGCUUUCUCUGUGUACGAAAUCAAUGAACAUGUUGAGUUGAAAAUGGCGGCUGGCGGUUUUGAAAACGAAUUUUCGCUUCUGCCAAAGGGGCUGAGGAAGUCACACGCUAUUGGUCUGCUUCCUGAAAACCAAUCCAAAAACAGAUUUCCAAGAGUCUUACCAUACGAUGACUGCAUGGUUGUUUUAUCACAAAGUCAUGGUUCCGACAAAUCAAGUUACAUUAACGCCAGUCACAUAGACGGAUACAUAAUAAUGGAAGAGUACAUAGCUACACAAGGUCCUACGGAAGAAACUGUGAAUGACUUUUGGAGAAUGUUGUGGGAAAGGAAUGUCUGCAAAGUGGUCAUGUUGAGCAGGACCAAAGAGAAUGGCAAGGUGAAAUGUCAGAAGUACUGGCCAGACGUCAAAGAUGGAAAGACGUACGGAAAUCUCUCUGUGACGUGUAUCAAGAUGGUGACCCGAGCUCAUUACACCGUCAGGGAGUUCUACGUCUACGACCACCAGGCUGCUGAGAAACGCGUGGUGACACAGUUUCAGUUCGUGUCCUGGCCAGCAAAUGGUUUCCCUUCAACUCCUGCUCUUGUCGGUUUCAUCAAACACGUGAACAAGCUAACCAGUCCCACCUGCCCCGUGGUUGUACAUUGCAGUUCUGGUGUCGGGCGAACAGGAACCUUCAUUGCUAUAAACGCCAUGGCAGAGCAAGCCAGGACGGAAUCGGAAGUGGAUGUCUUUAAGUUUGUGUGCAGGAUGAGGCUACACAGACCGGAAAUGGUUCGAACCAGGGUGCAGUAUGCCGGUGUCCACCUGGCCCUCCAGGAGAUGCUAGCCAGUAAGGACACUCUCCUCAGCAGCGUGGAGCUUAUGGAGAAGUACCGAGCACAGUCUUUCCGAUCUCUGGCAGACAGUAGUCGGCCACGGGCUGAGUACCAGGUUCUAGAAAGUAUGCGGCCAACUCUGCGUGAAGAAGAUACUCAAAUUGCCCGAAGACAAGAUAACGUUGGGAAAAACAGAUCAAUGGAUAUCUUGCCAGGUGUUCUCCACCGUGUUGUUUUGAAAGGAACAUCAGGAAACCAAAACCCUUACAUCAACGCCGUGUAUCUACCGUCCGUGCUGCACCGCCGAGGGUUCAUCGUAACACAGCAGCCUCUGUUCCACAGCGUAGAGCAGUUCUGGACAUUAGCUCAGGAGCAGGAGUCGGUGACCAUUGUGUCCCUCACGCCCCCAGAUCUCAACCCUGUCGACUUGAAGGACUACGGAGAAUAUAUGCCUCUGAGGGAAGGCGAGGCUCUGUCGGUGGGGAAGUUUGAGGUUCUGUUGAAGUCUACAGUCAACACGAGAGAGGAAAUUCCAGAGAAAACUGUCAUUUUACGAACUAAGGGCGAGGAUGACUUCACGCCAAGCCGCCACGUCAAGGUGUUCAGUAUACCCGACUGGUCAGUUAAUGAGGACACUCCCACCAAUAAGUUUGUUCUUCUACUGCUCCUGGAGAUGCUGGUGAAGAGGCAGAAGGACGCCGGACAACACCCGAUCAUCGUCCAUUGCUUGGAUGGUGCGAGCCGAUCAGGUUUGUUUUGUGCAGUGUCCAACAUCAUCAGCCGGUUGAAGAUGGACAAGGAAGUGGACAUAUUCUUGAUUGUCCGCGAGCUUCAGUGCAUUCGACCCGCCAUCAUCACUUCAUCUAGCCAGUACUCUUUCUGCUUCGAAGUUGCCAGGAAUUACCUGAAAAAUCCCGAACCACUGGCCUAACAUCCGUUAUACUUCCAUGUUUCAACUGUUUCCUCAGUGUACAAUGGCUCGGGGAGACACACACUCGUGAAAUCUCGCCCCGUCAAAACCAACUGAACAUGAAUAUGUUUGGCCUUUCAAAGAAAUCGAAGACAAAAUGUGAAAUGGACAUAUUUAAUUUCAUUUGAUUUAUUAGUCAUAGCUCCUGAUGUAUUUAUUGUAUAUCAUUUAUUUCAUCAGCAUUUCAGUGUGUUGAAUACUAUUAUAUCAUUAAUUUCUUGCUGUGCUGAAGAAUAUCCUUAUGUGCCAAUUUAAAUAUGAAUCAGGGUUAAAAGAAAUGAACUGUCAAGUUAAAUUCUACAGAGAAGUAGGCAUGCUUGAAUAUUUGCCCUAAAAUAUUUUUGUUUGAUUUCAUGUCUUGAAUUGUCGUUUGAAGGUUACCUUUAAUGACAUAUAUCCAUAAAAUCCCUAAUGUGUGCCAGUUUCUUAAACCAAAUUAUGUAAAUAGAAGUAAAUACUCAGCAUUGGAUAUAAUUACAAGACGAAAAUAAGUGAGUGAGUUGUGUUUAAUGCCGCUUUUAACAGUAUUCCAGUUAUAUCACGGCGUGUCAGCUUAAUGUGGGAGGAAAGCCCUAAGUGAUGCAGGUCUCAGACGUUUACCACAUCGGUGAAACCCACGAACACGGGUAUGGUGCUGACAAACCUAGAAACAUAAUCGGGGCGAACCGGGAUUCGAACCCACACUCAUAGGUUUCUGGCUGUCCAAGGGACGCAAAUCCCUCCCCGCCCCGCCUUACCCCACACACUUGGCGGAAGCUAUCCUGCAUACAUCAAUUGAAAGAGGAAGUUAAUUCCUGUUUACUGCAAGAUUAUCUUUUAAUUAACCUUUGAUACAUUAGACAACAUUGCUAAGGUCACACAGGUGGUGUAGAUUAGUAAAAUGUAAAAAACGUGUUAUUUAUAUAACAUUCUUCCAGACACGCCGAUCUCAGAAUAUAUCCUUUUCAGUGGCUAUUUAUGACAGUAUACUUUACUUGACCUUGAAGAAGUAAGGUUUAAAAACUUAUAAUACAAAAUCAUGUACGUUCAAUUCAUCACAGUAUCUAAUUGAUUAUUUCCGUGUAUAUGUUCAUGUGUGCAGGUUUGGCAGAUGUUGGAGCACAUCUAAAGGUUCUGGUGACGUUAUUUGGGUCACAUGUAGUACACGUCCUCAAAUCGAUACACUUAAGAAAACAACGCCGCGCCAUAUUUACAGAGGCUCGUAGGAUAUUGGGUUUCUUGUGCAUUGAGUGAGAGUAAAUGAGUGAGUAUGGUUUUACGCCGCUUUUAGCAACAUUCCAGCAAUAUCACGGCAGGGGACACCAAAAAUGGGCUUCACACAUUGUAUCCAUGUCGGGAAUCGAACCCGGGUCUUCGGCGUGACGAGCGAACGCUCUAACCAGAAGGCUACCCGACCGCCCCCGCAUUGAGUGGGAAGUUUAAAGAGACCUCUAUACCGUUUUCACAUUAUACCCUAGUGUGCUGUUCGUAGGGCCCAUGUUUUUGCCUACGCUCUAACACAGAUUGAGGGCUCGAUCGAGAUAUAAGGGUACAUUUGCGAGAACAACAGAGCGAAAUCAAGUAAAUGGUUCUUUUCAUCCCGAUAAAGUACUGUUGUUCUUCCUCUUUUCCGAAAACUUUCAUCUAAUGUACUGGUGUUCACUUUAUUUUCAUCUUAAAGAGUUUAGCGAUUGUAAAACCUAUUUUCUCUUUGAUAUAGAUAUGAUGGCAUUAAUAGCAUAGGGUUGAUGUAUGUUAACUCUGCCAAAGCAUCCAGCAUUACGUUUCGUUAUCGGAUAUUAAGUGUUGUAUGGAUAUUAAUUGUACUUUUCUCUUUAUAUUAAAGACGUUGUUGGAAUUGUAUGUUUACCAAUUAGUUAUUUGAGUUUGUACUUUCGAUCUGAUGAUGUCAUGAUAUUAAACUGUUG